AUGACUCGACUACUCCACCGCAUUGCGGGCUUCGCAGUUCUAGCUUGGGCAACUAUCGCAAACGCUCAAUCACUACUCAACACCAGCACUCCUGGCAUCCAGGACAUCGACUUCGGAGUCGGAUGCGGUGAAAGUGUCGACUACCCGACGUUCACCGACGACUCGACCACUCAGCCGCGGUUUGCGUACACGGUCUCGAAUAGUCUGGCGCAGUUCAUCUCGGUGCACUUCACCAAUUUCAAUCUUCCAAGAACCGACUACGUACAGAUCCGUGCGGCCAACGCAAACGACCCGGAAAAGACUGUGCUAAGAUACAACGGGGGCGACACCAGCGGUGCCUUCUACUCCACAGCUCUACAGACUACGUCCAUCGUCGUAGAACUCUUCACUGCAAGCACCGACCCCAGUGUUGGCGCGCAGCCUGUGAACACGUUCCUGUGCAUGGGGUUUACCGUUGAUAACUACCGUUUCCUAGCGCAACCAGCAAACAACGCUUUGUCCAAGCUAGAGGAGGUGUGCGGCGCAGAUGAAAGCCAGCAAGCCGUAUGCUACGUAGCUGACGUCAAUGCGUUCAAAGCUGCAGGUGCUGUGGCGCGCUUGUUGAUCCACAAAUCUACUGGUUCUUUCUUCUGUACAGGCUGGCUGGUAGGCUCUGAAGGCCACCUCAUGACGAACCACCACUGUAUCUCACAACAGGCACAUGCUAGCAAUACGGAGUUUGAAUUCAAAGCCCAAGGUGCGACUUGCAGUACUAACUGCAACAGGGGUAUGGCAUGUGGUGGCGCAGUGCGAGCAAGGUCUUCAACACUCAUCUACGCCGACGCAGCGCUCGACUAUGCUUUAGUGAAACUACCAAUUAACUUGUCCGGGGAGUACGGCUACUUGCAGAUGCGUGAGACGGGAGCAGUACUUUCGGAACGGAUCUACAUUCCUCAACACCCUGCCGGAUGGGGCAAACGUAUCGCUAUUAAGACGGAUAAUGGCUGGGGGACAGUGACUUCGUUGACCAGGAGCGGCUGUGCCAGGGACCAGGUUGCGUACAUGCUUGACACACAGGGUGGUUCUUCUGGUUCACCCGUUCUUGCUUGGUCCGACAAUACAGUCGUCGCCUUGCACCAUUGCGGUGGAUGCCCCAACACGGCUAUCAACAGCAACAAGCUUAUCAACGACAUGAGGACGCGCAACAUCCUUCCGGAAAGUGCUGUGUACUCUGGCGCGACUUUAGCUCCGACUUCGGCUCCUACUACUUCACCUCCCACUCAACCACCUACUUCAGCCCCUGCACCAACCACCAAGACGAAAGUUGAUGGUACGAUCACCUCGACUGCCACAUUCACGUCCGUGGACUAUGUGGACUUUAACCUUGCGUCUGAGGCAGCGGUGGAGCUUGAUAUUCUCUCAAUGGAAGAGAAGACAGGUGGAGGCUACGUGGAUGUUAACGGGGAUUGCAACGCUGGUUACCUUGACUCCAGCAUCGUCCUCUUUAGCGUUAACACGGCCACCGGAGCGAUGACAGCCAUAUCAGCAAAUGACAACGCUCCCAACGGCUAUGGCAGUGCCGAUGGAUCGAUCAGCAACGUCGACUCGUAUCUGUACGUGAAACUUCCGGCUGGUAACUACCGAUUGGCAGUGAGUACAUCGGGUCUCACUCCGACACAAGCAGCGAACAAACAAAUGCCCUUGUCGCCCAAUGUUCGCGUUUGUGACAAAGGAACGUCAAACUACGGCAGCUACAGACUCACUAUCAGUACCAGCGCGGCUGUGACGACAACUGCACCAGGCAGCUACAUCGGUUCUCAAUGCAACGUCGUGGCUCCGAACGCUCCAUACAGACAAUGCCCGUACCACCGUGAAGCAGCUCUCGCCUACGCCACUGGGGUCGAGGGAUCCAUCAUCCGUCGUCAAAGUACGGUGUCCGUCGACUACAUCCCAUUCACGCUACCUGCUUUCAACCGUAUUACAGUGGAGAUCGCAUCGUAUGGAAGUGCUGAUGGCAACAUCUUCAUGGAUGUCAAUGGGAACUGCCAAAGUGCGUACAUCGAUGCUGUAGCUUAUCUCUUCAAAGCCAACUCUGCUGGUUUAUCAGCCGCUGAUCUUGUGAACUCUGGUGACGACGAUGACAACUUUGUGAAGCGCACUCACUACCGCUCCAUCAGCUUCCGUGACCCGUUCAUGUCGUUGGCUUUGCCAAAGGGCAACUACGUUCUCGUUGUAGGACGGUACCCACUGAGUCUCGAAGAUGCCAUCGCACGCACCAGCUCAACUUCUGUUGAUAAGCUCACACCUGAAUCAUGUGGUAAAAAGUCGGAUCGCGGUAACUACCUUGCCAUCUUGAGUUCUGCAGACAAGAUGAAUAUCACCUCACCCCGCUCAUUUUCCGGCAGUCGAUGCCCCAGCAGUGUUGGCAAACAGGUUUGCACAGCUUAA